AAUCACUUUGGUUUCGAAAAAAAAAACUUGUUUACUUAUUUUAACACUGAAGUAAAGCUAACUACAUUUUUCCUUAUAAACGACCCGAGUCCACAAAGUAACUCAUGGUGAAAUCCCUUGAUACAACUUAACCAUCGAAAAUGAUUGAAACUUGUUCGAAACGAUGCAUGUUAUUAGGAACUAUAUUAAUGGGAGUGUUGACUAUAGUGGUUUUAAUACUAGAAUCGCAUCUCGCUGAUACUCUGUCAGGUAGCCAGAGAAGGAAUAAAACUUUCCCCACAGAAAAUAACUCAACUUGUUGGGUUCACCAACCAUAUACUGUAAUAAGUGAAUGCCAUCCUUGCUCAGAUUUUGAAAUUCGGAGCAAGAGUAUUGGAGUAUGCAUUCAUACCAGCUUCAAAGAAAUACUGAAAUGUAAAAGUGGUGAAACAGUAACAAGAAGUUGUGAUCGAGUGGCAUAUUUAGAGGAAAGGGCUUACUGGACAUUUACAAUUUGGUCUCUCAUUAUAGGUCUGGUGUCUUGUUUUGCUGUGAUGCUUAGAACUAGAGUUUUAAAUUUUAGAGCUAAAAAGAGAGCCCAAAAGGCACUUAGUAAUGGAGCUAUUUAAGUUAGGUUAUGUCAAUCAUUUAAGUGUAAUAAUGUAUUAUAAUUAAAUUAUUUAUUCUUGUCAA